AUGCCCGUCGUCUGCUACCAUGGCGACUACCUCCUGUCACGGACCAAGCCAGCGGUGGCCGCUGUGGACGCGUCUUCAGCCAGCAGCGCCGACGGCGACGGCCUGAAGGUCGAGCGCCAGCGGCAGCAGAAGUCGGCGGAGAGCCGGCUGCCCACCCUGGAGGAGUUCCUCGAGAAGCGAGACUUCACGGGGGCCAUGUCGCUGCUCGAGUUCACCGGCACCUCCUCGUCCUCGUCCCAGUCCUCACGCCUCGAGGCGGCGCUGUGGACGGCCUACUGCGCCUUCCACCUGGGACAGCACCGGCAAGCGAUGCGCAUCUACCAGGAACUGCUGGCCGACAAGUCGAUGCCGCCGCCGCUAGACGUGUGGAGCUACCUUGCGUGCUGCCAGUUCCACCUGGGCCUGUACCGCGAGGCCGAAGCGUCGGUGCUGAAGGGCCCCAAGAACCAGCUGCAGAGCCGGCUCCUCUUCCACCUGGCCCACAAGGCGGGAGACGAGAAGAGGCUCAUGGCACUGCACCAGAGCCUGCAGGACAUACUCGAGGACCAGCUGUCGCUCGCAUCCAUUCACUACCUCAGAGCGCACUACCAGGAGGCCAUAGACAUCUACAAGCGCAUUCUCCUCGAAAACAGGGACUUCCUGGCGUUGAACGUGUACGUGGCCCUGUGCUACUACAAGCUCGACUACUACGACGUAUCGCAGGAGGUGCUGGCGGUGUACCUGCAGAACUUCCCGGACAGUGCAACAGCGAUCAAUCUGAAGGCAUGCAACCACUUCCGCCUUUACAACGGAAAGGCGGCUGAGGCGGAGCUGAAGAGCUUGCGAGAACGUGCGUCGCCCACCUUCACGUACGCCCAAGACCUCAUCAAGCACAACCUGGUUGUUUUCCGAGGCGGCGAGGGCGCGCUUCAGGUGCUGCCCGGCCUGGUGGGGGCCAUUCCCGAGGCACGUCUCAACCUCGUCAUCUACUACCUCAAGCAGGACAACAUCCAGGAGGCGCACAAUCUGAUCAAGGACCUGGAACCCACGGUGCCGCACGAGUACAUCCUCAAGGGCGUCGUCAACGCAGCCAUCGGACAGGCGCAGGGAUCGCGGGAGCACUUGAAGAUAGCGCAGCAGUUCUUCCAGCUUGUCGGAGGAUCGGCCAGCGAAUGCGACACCAUACCUGGUCGUCAGUGCAUGGCGUCCUGCUUCUUCCUGCUCAAGCAGUUCGACGACGUCCUGCUCUACCUGAACUCCAUCAAGAGUUACUUCUACAACGAUGACACAUUCAACUUCAACUAUGCCCAGGCAAAGGCCGCUACGCGAAAUUUCAAGGAGGCUGAAGAGGUGUUCCUGAUGAUUCAGAGCGACAAGAUAAAGUCGAGCUACAUCUACCAGAGCUGGCUGACGCGAUGCUACAUCAUGAACGGCAAGCCCCAGCAGGCGUGGGAACUCUACCAGAGCAUGGACACCUCGAGCGAGUCCUUCAGUCUGCUCCAACUGCUGGCCAAUGACUGCUACAAGAUGGGCCACUUCCUGUACGCUGCGCGAGGUUUCGACCUGCUGGAGAAGAUGGACGCCAACCCGGAAUACUGGGAAGGCAAGAGGGGAGCCUGCGUGGGCACCUUCCAGAGGGUGAUUGCCGGGAGGGACGAGCCGGAUUGCCUGCGAGAGAUCGUGGAGAUGCUCAAGACCGAGAGUCACUCCCAGGCCGAGUCCAUCAGCAAGGUGAUACGUGGAUGGUGCAAGGAGAAGAAGAUAGCGCUUUCUUGACUGCCCGGCACGCUUGUACUAUGUAAGCAAAGAAUAAACUCUU